AUGGCCGGCCUGGUGAGGUCUUUGCCGCAGCGGCGGGCGAUGCCCCACUCCACCGAUCCCGCCACUCCAGCGGAGGGCGCGGGGAAGUCCUUUGGAGAUCUGCGGAGAUCAGCGGAGCUGUUUCCGAGUGAACACCCGCAGCGCUUUCCCCCGCGGAACCUGCGCGCGCACAAAAAACGAGUUUUCAUCCAGAUCCUGGUCUUUCGAUGCACGCAGACUGUAGAUGCAGCGCAUGGAUGCGAAGUGAGGAAAAAGACAAGCUGUUGCUCUUUCAUGCUCCUUCUAUGUCAACCUUACCCAGUCCCCACGUCAACCUGGUCCUUCGACGUGGAGGGGAGUCAUCCCGACUCUCCGCGCGUUCGGAACGAGACAUCCCAAUGGGUUUUGGUUGGCCCUCCGGGGGGGGGUUUGAGCUGGAAGGCUGGGUUGGCCUGGAUCCGGUUCCAGUUUAGACCUGAAACAGGCCUCAUGGAAAUCCUCCAGGACGAACGUCGCCGUGCCUUUGAGGAGCUCCGCCUCUGGCGCCGGGCGAGUGGCGCGGCCAGCCGUAUCUACACGCCCGCGGCGGUGCUCUGGCGUCACUACGGAGAGGUCCAGGCAGUGUCCAACCGCUCGAGAGAAAUCCCGACUCCGGGGCUGAGCUCGCGACACUUAGAUGAGAGGCUGGCGGAAGCACCGCCGCCAUUGUUGCCGGUGUCAGACGGCGGGUCCGUGACCAGCGAGGCUCCGGACAUGGGUAGCACCACUCCACGUCUGGCGCGGGCGUCACCGGCAGCAGUGGCUCCACCAAGCCUGCAGCCCAAAAUGGCCAAUGCGUCUGAGGGGUCAUUGGACCUUGAUUCAAGGUGGGGCGACCUGAUCGAGCGAGUCAGGCCCACGGCACCAGCCGCAGGGAAAUCGAUGACCACGGUCUCACCGCCCCUGUCGGCGCGCUCGUUUCCCCUUUCCGCCAGAUCCCUCGGGCAGGAGCGCGCCAUCCAUUUGCAAAGCCUCUGGGCCAAUCAAAGACCGGGGGAAGUGGGCGAUGUGGAAGCCGCUGGAGUCGAGGAGCCCAAGUCGCCCCGCUCAGUGAGCUCGGUGAGUUUGAGCUCCGAGACGGAACGCAGCUCCACAGUGGAGGCCGUCCCUUCGGAAGAUGGCGAGGCCAUCGCGGAGCAGGUCAAGGCCGAGCGUUGGCAGUGCGACUUGUGCUUCGAACCCUUUUUGAAGUUUGAGACCCCCUGGCAGCUGGGUGGUGAAUGCGGCCAUAGCCUGUGUCGAAGAUGCGUGCUGGGAUCCAUCAGGUGGGGUGGGCGCUGCCCCUAUGACAACACCCCCAUCCCGGCCAUUGUGGUCUGUGGUGCCAUGGGCACCGGCGAAUAUGUCUACCACGAGAAGUUGACUGAGGCACGUCGGACUGGUGGUGUGCCAUGCAGCGUCUCUGAUUGUCCUGGGGUCGCUCCAUCCACUGGAACUUCUGGCACCAGGCCAUCGCCAAGCAGUUGCAACUGCUGUGGAACACGCCACUGUGGGCGGACGGUUUGUGGAGUGCCAUGGAGUGCGGGCCAUCGAUGCUGGGACAUUUUGGAACAGGAGGUGCUCCCUCCGUCACGAGGACAUGACUUUCAAUCGAUGACUCGGCGGAGACUUAUGUCCACGCCACGCUUCAGACCAUGCCCGCAAUGUGGCGUCAUGGUGGAGCACACCGGAGGCUGCAACAUGGUCUACCAUGACACCUGCCGUACCCGCUGGUGCUUCAUAUGCCGGAGGGUGGGAACCUGCCAAGACUUUGAUUGCAAGGCUCCUGGGUCGCAGCCUCCGACCCCACGAGGACCACAUGCAGCGCCCAACUCCGAUCGGUCCAGGAAGGCCUUGCCCUCCUCCACGGCCCUUCUCAUGGCGGGAAUGGUCCUGCUGUUCCUCCUGCUUACCUGCAAUUUCUUCAGCGGCUUACGGUUCAACAUGCCAAGGAAAGGCUUGCCGUUCUUCCUUUCAGCUGCACCACGCGAGACCUGUGAAAAUCUCAGCUGUGAGACUUCGAGCGACUCCACCAGCAGCCCUCCCGAUGUGUUGCUGCGGCCCGGGCCGGUGAGUUUGGAGGUGUGA